CAGCUCAGUCUGCACGGAGGGGCCGUGGCAGAGGAAGGGCUCAGGGCAGGCUCUGCUGCUCAGAUCACCAUGUACAGCUUCAUGGGUGGUGGCCUCUUCUGUGCCUGGGUGGGGACCAUCCUCCUGGUGGUGGCCACGGCAACAGACCACUGGAUGCAGUACCGGCUGUCGGGGUCCUUCGCCCACCAGGGCCUGUGGCGGUACUGUUUGGGCAGCAAAUGCUACCUUCAGACAGAGAGUAUCGCAUACUGGAAUGCCACCCGGGCCUUCAUGAUCCUGUCAGCCUUGUGUGCCACCUCCGGCAUCAUCAUGGGCAUCCUGGCCUUCGCUCAACAGCCCACCUUCACCCGCCUCUCCCGGCCCUUCUCUGCCGGCAUCAUGUUUUUCGCCUCCACCCUUUUUGUCCUGCUGGCCUUGGCCAUUUACACGGGAGUCACCGUCAGCUUCCUCGGCCGUCGCUUUGGGGACUGGCGCUUUUCCUGGUCUUACAUCCUGGGCUGGGUGGCCCUGCUCAUGACCUUCUUUGCAGGGAUUUUCUACAUGUGUGCUUACCGGAUGCAUGAAUGUCGGCGCCUGUCCACUCCCCGCUGAACCCAAAUGUAUCCCCCAACUUCAUCAUGAUGUUAAAGUGAGGUCACUGAAGAGGAAAGGGAGGGUCUAGAGGCCUGAAGUUCUGGUUCCUGGGGAGGUUAAGAGGCUCAGUCCUGGAAUCUGGGUGGGGGCCCUGACUCCCGUGUCCUAAGGGGGAGGGAGGAAGAAUAGGGUCUUGUGGGAGAGAGUUGAGAAGACCCAAGCCCCCGUCUGCCAGGCAAGUUGUUAGAAAAAUGAAAUAUUUAUUAGAGCGGCUUUUGGGGCAUAAUAAAACUGAUGUGAAACUA